AGUUGCACACUUCUGGCGCAUGCGCAAACACAUCGGUAAAGCGGAAAGUCCAAGAUGGCGGACUAAGCGGCGUGGCUUUCUGGAGAAGUUUCACAUUUACGAUCUUAUAGAUUCAAAAAGAGCAUCAAAUACCUCAACUAUUCACCUUUUCUUAAGCCCACCACACGGACUUUGAGUGUGGAGCGACGGCGUGUUAGCUGAAGUGAAGAUUGAAGACGGGAUAGAAGAUGGACGACUACUGCUAUGCUAAGAUGGUGACGUCAUGUCAAAGAGAAAGUGAAAGAGAAUCAGCGCCACCAACGGAGAACAAUCUGAAAAGCCAAGAUGAAGACGUGCAGCAGCUGAUGGGUAAUCCAGAAGAAGUUUCCCCUCAGUCAGGGGGGAGCUCCACUUUGAAGCAGGAGACUCCACAACCACCCUGCAUUAAAAAGGAAGAGGAGGAACUCUGCAUCACUCAGGAGGGAGAGUGUCUUCUAGGACGAGAGGAAGCUGAUUACACCAAGUUUCCACUGACUAUUGUCUCUGUGAAGACUGAAGAUGAUGAAGAGAAACCACACGUAGACAACCUCUUAGCUCCACUAUCAGAUAGUGAGGCUGAAGACGAGGUUGAAGUAACUUUGAGCAGCGAUACAGACUGUGAAGGUGAUAUGAGGACUCACACUGACAACAAACGCUCUGAAUGCUCUACAAAGAAGAGAGGUGAAACAUUUUGUAGCUGUUCUAUUUGUGGUCAAAAAUUUACUAAAAAUAGCCGUUUGACUCAACACAUGAGAACACACAAAGGUGAAAAAACAUUUAAUUGUUCAGUUUGUGGCAAAAGAUUUUCUCAAAAUAGCCUUUUGAUUCGACACAUGAGAACACACACAGGUGAAAAACCAUUUAAGUGUUCAGUUUGCAGCAAAGAUUUUUCUCAAAAUAGCAUUUUGACUCGACACAUGAGAACACACACAGGUGAGAAAACAUUUAAGUGUUCAGUUUGUGGCAAAAGCUUUUCUCAAAAUAGCUCUUUGACUCAACACAUGAGAACACACACAGGUGAAAAACCAUUUAAGUGUUCAGUCUGUGGCAAAAGCUUUUCUCACAAUAGCCAUUUGACUGAACACAUGAGAACACACACAGGUGAAAAGCCAUGUAAUUGUUCAGUUUGUGGCGAAAGCUUUUCUCGAAAUAGCAAUUUGACUCAACACAUGAGAACACACACAGGUGAAAAACCAUUUAAUUGUUCAGUUUGUGGCAAAAGCUUUUCUCAACAUAGCAUUUUGUCUAAACACAUGAGAACACACAGAGCGGAAAAAGCAUUGAAUUGCUCAGUUUGUGGUAAAAGCUUUCAUCAUAAAAACUCUUUGUGUCGACACAUGAGAACACACGAUGGAGAAAAACCAUUUAAUUGUUCAGUUUGUGGCACUAGCUUUUCUAAAAAUAGCUCUUUGACUCAACACAUGAGAACACACACAGGAGAAAAAACAUGUAUUUGUUCAGUUUGUGGCAAACGCUUUUCUCAAAAAAGCUAUUUAACUAAACACAUGAGAACACACACAGGGGGAAAAACAUUCAAGUGUUCAGUUUGUGACAAAAGCUUUUCUCGAAAUGGCAAUUUGACUCGACAUAUGAGAACACACAGGUGGAAAUUCAUUUAAUGGUUCAGUUUGUGGCACUAACUUUUCUCAAAAUAGAUCUUUGACUCAACACAUGAGAAAAAAACCUGUUUUUGUUCAGUUUAAGGCAAAAGCUUUUUUCGAAAUAUCUAUUUUGACUUUUCACAUGAGAACACACUCAGGAGAAAAACCAUGUAAUUGUUUAGUUUGUGGCAAACACUUUUCUCGAAAUAGCUCUUUGACUCAACACAUGAGAACACACACCGGACAAAAAACAUUUAGUUGUUCAUUUUGUGGCAAAAACUUUUCUUUUAAGAGCAAUUUGACUAAACACAUGAGAACACACGCAGGUGAAACACCAUAUAAGUGUUCACUCUGCGGCAGAAGCUUUUCUAAAAACAGCCAAUUGACUGAAAACAUGGGAACACACACAGGAGAUAAAACAUUUAGUUGUUCAGUGUGCUGUACAAGGUUCACACAUAAUACAAACGGCAGCAAAACACUCAAGAACACACGAGGGAAAAUAACCAAUUAGCUGUUUAGUUUGUGGUAUGUUGCUCAUAUGUGGCGACAUCCACCCUACCCAGGACCUCCUCACUGCUUCUUUCACUAAUAUCUGAGGUAUUCAUACAAACUUGGAUUAUUUGGAGCAUAAUCUUAUCCACUCAUGACCCCAUGUCUUCUCUGUAUCUGAAACCUUCCUGAACAGUAAGAUAGAUGAUGCUUCAA